CUCCCUCUCUCUCGCUCAUUCUGGUAGAGGUAUCAGCUCCUCUGCCCUCCUCUCUGCUCUUUCUGCUGUGGUUCCUCCCAAUGCCUCAACCUUCAUCCUCCUCUCCCUCCUCCGUCCUCCUCCUCCUCUGAUCUCACGUCUUGAGUUUCUACAAACCUCCGACAUUAAGAAGUGGGCUCCUCAGACAUACCUCUCUGGAACUCCUUUCUUCCUUUUCUUUUGAGUUCCGGCCACCGGCUGACCGAUUUCUAGACACGACUUCCAGAAUCCGGCGAACCGUCCCAACCCAUACCAGGGGCAACAUCAACUGAAAUUUAAAAAAAAAAUCUAAACAAUCGACCCCAAACAAGCAGUGGACAUGACAGACAAACUGGGCAUGCCUGCGGGCAGCGGAGAUGAUGUGGGCAGCAUCAUGGCUCUGCUGGAGCGCGUGGCGGGCAUUGUGGACAGCGUGCAGACUACCCAGCAGAGGAUGGAGGAGCGCCAGCUGGAGCUGGAGGCCACGGUGAAGACCAUCCAGGCAGACGUCAGCAAGCUGACCAGCGACCAUGCCACAACCAGCUCCACCGUCGACCGGCUCCUUGAAAAGACCCGGAAGGUGAGCUGCCACAUCAAGGACGUCCGGGUCCGUGUGGAGAACCAGAACCUCCGGGUGAAGAAGGUGGAGGCCACCCAGGUUGACCUCCUGGCCAAAAACAAGUUCAGGGUGGUCAUAUACCAGGGUGACCAGGAAGUGAAGGCUGUGGCAUCCGAGAAAGAGCCAGCGGAGGCCAGUGGAAGUCGGACGAUCAGCAGGGCUGAGGUGGAGCCGGACAAGUUUGAGCUCCCCCCGGAGUCGGAUGAGGAGUACAUGGUGGUGGAGGAGGCCGACUCCUCGGCAGCGACCCGCAUGAAGAAGACAGGGCUGAAGCGCAUCGAGAGCUUCAAGGCCACCUUCUCCAAGGAGAACAUGAGCAAGACCCGCGAGAACUUCGGCACCAAGGUCAACAAGCUGGGUGAGCGCAUCGUCACUGCUGAGCGCCGGGAGAAGAUCCGCCAGUCCGGGGAGAGGCUGAAGCAGUCAGGCGAGAGACUGAAAGAGUCAAUCACCAAGAAUGUCCCUGCCAAGCUCAACCUGAAGAAGGAGAGGACGGUGGCGGAGGGUCAGGAGGGAGCUGAAGGAGCCACGGAGGGGGCCAUGCCUGUACCUCCUCCCAAGGGCCACAAGGGCGGUCAAGAAGUCGCCAAAGAGGCGGCCGACGAUGGCAAAGCAGAGGAGACGGAAGUGCCAAUGUAUGACAUGAAGCAGCUGUCGUAAGAAAACGAGACAAUGAUAUGGCCAAACCAGCCGGAGGCCAUUUUGCUUUCUUUGGACAGCUUAGACCACUGAAGAGAGAGAAUCAGUCACUUCUAUCUGGAUAAGUUGCAGGAAUGAAUGUAACCCCAUUCAUUUAAAAAAAAAAUAUAUAUAUCAAAGGGCGGGGGGCAGACAGAAAGUGACAGAGGAAACGGGCCACUUCUAGAUUCAAUCGGACACAUCAAGAUGAGGAACACUACGAAGUUACCUAAAGCCAUUGUGCUCCUGAAACACACAGUCAUCUUUCUUAUGGAUAUUUGUCAAGAAUUUAUUGUAGUAUGAGAAUAUAUUCUAUUUUUGUUUGUUUGUUUGUUUACAAUGAACACCUACAAUGGAAAAUGCAGAAUCAUCAAACCGACUUCAACAAUCACAGAGAGACAGAUCAGAUCGUCUCUCCACAAGACUUUCUAAGUAGUCACUUUUCAGUAUUACCGCUGUUUUCUGGUCUUUGAUUUGCAUGUUGAAUGACACUGACACGUUGAAUGUUUUGAGCUACCUUGUGAAAGAGAUUAGAGAAGUUAUAAUGGCAUGAAGGAACAUCUGGCUCCACACAAAGGGUGAGAAGAAAUAAAGCUUUGAGCUCAGAAAAGGUGAGAGAUAUUUGGUUUGCUUUCAGGAAAAGGCCCCAGUUAUGUAACGAUUGUCAAAGAGGAUGUAUCACAGGAAUCUCCUAACGUCGACCUGAAGACCAUAAGUCAGGGCAGAGCUAGUUUAUCCUUUGGUCACAGCGUUUUGGGAUAUUUCACCUGUCAUUUUAA